GUUCCCUUAUAAAAUGCCACUCUGAAGCCCUCAGCAGCAUUUGGUCUGUUUUAUUUUAUCUGCUGUGAUGGGUGGAUGCUUGUUCCUUUGUGUGCUUUUAUUGUUGGGGUCCUUGCAAGUUGUUUCAGGUGAAAGCAGUCUUUUGAAGUGCGGCCUGGGCUUUGCAAAGUGCAAAGAUGGCUCAGAGUGUAUUCCCUACAGCCAUGUGUGUGACGGAGAGAAUGACUGCAAGGACGGUUCAGAUGAAGACAACUGUGAAUCAGGAUGCAAUGAAGGUCAGUUCCAGUGUGCUCAUGGGAAGAAAUGUAUAGAGAAGAACCAGGUGUGUGAUGGUGUCCCUCAGUGUCAGGACCGCUCUGAUGAACUGCACUGUUUGAAGCAAAGUGAGGACUGCAUCCACCGUUGUGACAAGGAUCGCUGCCUCCCUGCAGCCUUCUUCUGUGACGGAGAGAGGGACUGUUUGGAUGGCUCAGACGAGGCCAACUGUGCAUCAGAGGAACAAGAGGAAGAAGUGACCAGUAGCCCUACAACCUCUGCGCCUGCUGUCUCUAAACCCAUUAAGUGUUCUUUGGGCUCCAAACCCUGCAAGGACAACACGGAGUGUGUCCUCUACAACCACGUCUGUGACGGGGAGGCAGACUGCAGGGACGGUUCAGAUGAGGAAGGCUGUUUAUCAUCAUGUGAAGCCGACCAGUUCCAGUGUGCCCAUGGAAAGAAGUGCAUAGAGCAGAGCCAGGUGUGUGAUGGUGUGUUUCAGUGUCAGGACCGCUCCGAUGAGCUGGACUGCACCAAGCCCAUAGAGGGCUGUACUCACCAGUGUAGUGACAACAGCCGCUGCAUUCCCAACAGCUUUCUUUGUGACGGGGAGAGGGACUGCUGGGACGGCAGUGACGAGGCCAACUGCGCUGACCAGGAAUGCAGCCCUGCUGAGUUUAAGUGUACCAGUGGGCAGUGUGUGUCUGCCACAAUGCGUUGUGAUGGUCAUCCAGACUGCUGGGACCGUUCAGAUGAGGAGAGCUGCACCAAACCACCGGUCUGCAGCACCAAGCACCGCUGCCCUCAGAGCAAGGAGUGUCUGGUGCAGGAGUGGAUCUGUGAUGGAGACCAGGACUGCAAAGAUGGCACUGAUGAGAAGGAUUGCCCUGUGGUUCCACUGAACUGUGGCGAGUUCCAGUGGUCGUGUAAAUCCAGGACCAAGUGUAUUCCUGCAGCCUGGAGGUGUGACGGCAUGAAGGACUGUGAUGAUGACAGUGACGAGAUUGAAUGUGGUGUGGCAAUAUGCCACCAGUUCCAGUGUGGCAGUCAGGAGUGCCUGGAUCCAGCCCUAGUGUGCAAUGGCAUUACCAACUGUGCAGAUGGUUCGGAUGAGGGAGGCAGCUGUCAGAUAAAGUGUGCAGAGACGGACAACAAGCGCUGCUCCCAAACCUGCUACAGCACACCUCAGGGACCGCGCUGUCGCUGUACUGCAGGGUUCAGGCUCCUGGAGGAUGGGCUGACCUGUGCUGACAUUGAUGAGUGUGAGGAUCAAACAUCAGCUGUGUGCAGUCAGCUGUGCAUCAACUCUCCAGGUUCAUACCAGUGUGACUGCCACCCAGGAUUCAUAAUGGAGGCAGAUGGCCAGCGCUGCAAGAUCACUGGUGAACCCUUCCUGUUGGCAUCAGUCCAAACAGACCUCUACUUGUACGGCUUGCGCAGCGCCAGCUUAGAUGUGUUGUCCUCCACUGCCAAAAAGGCCAUCCUUUCUCUGGACUAUGACUGGAGGGAACAGAAGGUCUUCUGGGUCAGUUUGGACACAGAGAGCAUCAGGUGGUCUUCACUGGACCAAAAGUCCACAGGAACUCUGAUUAAAGGUGUCCGGGCUGAUUCUGUAGCUGUGGACUGGCUCGGGAGGAACCUGUACUGGAUUGAUGGGGUGAAUAGUCAGAUUGUUGCCAUCAGACUGGCAACAGCUCCUGUGAGGUCACUGGACUACAGCAUCAUUCUGGAUGAAGACCUGGAUCAACCCCGCUGUCUAGCCCUGCUGCCACAGAAAGGGUUGAUGUUCUGGACAGAGAUUGGUAAUGCAGCAAAGAUCGAGCGCGCUGGGAUGGAUGGGUCAGACAGGAAGGCAGUGGUGAACUCCAGUUUGGGCUGGCCUGGUGGUGUGACUGUGGACACCAUCUCUGGCAGAAUCUACUGGACAGAUGAAAGGCUGAAGGCAAUUGGCUCUACCACACUGGAUGGUGAUGACAUUUGGAUACUCCAGAUGAAAGAGACCACCAACCCAUUCUCUGUGGCAGUGUUCAAUGAUGUGCUCUACUGGUCUGAUGCUAAGAAACGAGUGGUGCAAGCUGCUCAGAAAAUUUCUGGGAAGAACCGUCAAAUUCUCCUGAAAAGACCCAGCCAACCAUUUGCUGUGAAGAUCAUCCACCCAAUGCUCCAGAUGAGCACUGAGAACCCCUGCAACAUGGUGGACUGCUCCCACCUUUGUGUGUUGGCCCCUGGACCCAGCGCUGUAUGCAAGUGUCCUUCUGGACUGCUGCUGGCUGAGGAUGGGAUGACCUGCUCCAGCCUGCGUAAUUCAGCAUUUCUACUGCUGCUGUCUCCCUCCACUGUCACUCAGAUCUACUUGCAGUCCCGACACACAGCAGCCAAGCUGAAGGGUUGGCCCGAACACCUGGCCUUGCAGAUACCCAGCAUCAACGAAGCCACCAUCAUGGACUACAGUCUACGUGAGCACCUCUUGUUCUUGACAGAUGAUGGCACCACUUCUCUCAGUUCAUUCAAGCUAAGAGACUCUGACUUGGUAUCCCAAGGUCAGCUUCUCAAGCUGUUGGGCGACACUAUCACUGCCAUGGCCCUUGACUGGGUAACACUUAAUGUCUACUGGAGCAGCAACAAGCAGCCUCGCCUGCAGGUCACCUCUGUCACAGGUGCAUACACAGCUGUUCUCAUAAAGGAAGGCAUUAAUAGAGUGGAGUCCAUCGCCCUCCACCCGCCCAGUGGGAGAGUUUGUUAUACAAAUGUGGAUCUGCAGGGGGCAGGUACCAUGGCAACAGUAGAGUGUGCCAACAUGGACGGUGCUGAGCGAAGAGUGGUGUGGAAGGAUGCUGUGCAGCCGACAUCUUUGGUGUUCUCUGGUGAUGGAGAUACAAUUUAUUGGGCUGACACUAGUUUAGGAACCAUUGGCUCAGUCCCGAUUGAUGGAUCUGGAUACAGAGAGUUGAGGGCUGGAGAUGACCUGGCUACUGUGGCUCUGAGUGAUGACACACUGCUCUGGAUGACUGUCAGUGACAAGGCCAGACUCUGGUACAGAGAAGAUCAGCAGCCAAAGAAGUUGUGGUUUGAGGUUGGCACACAAGUGGUCGCCUUGAAGGCAUUCAGCCAGUCCAGUCAGACAGGUUCUAACCAGUGCACCGAAGACAAUGGCAGCUGCCAGCACCUGUGCCUCGCCACCCCAACAGGUCGGACAUGCAAGUGUGCCCAUGACCACGUCCUCAUGAAUGAUACCCACUGCAGCCCAGAGCAGCACUGUCCAGCAGGCAGCAGGCCGUGUCUAGAUCAAGCCUCAUGCCAGCCUGUUGAGAAGUUCUGUAAUGGGCAUGUGGACUGCUCUGACCACUCAGAUGAAAACUGUGUCAGUCUGAAGCAGUGGCCUGACUCAAAGGUCUCUGCUCCCAACCAGCCUCCUAGCUUCUUGCCUUCCUCUCCCUCCCCUCUCCCUCCUCUCCUUGGAGUCUCAGGCCCGAGUACCACUUUGAAUGACAGCAGUCAGCUAAUGAACCUGCAGGCCCAGGAGUGCAGCAAGAAGCAAUGCAACGGCAAUGGACGCUGUGUGGAGAUUAAGGGAGUUCCUGCAUGUGUGUGUUCAGUGGGCUACAGUGGUAAUUCCUGUCAAGACCAUCGCUCGAAAACCAUGCAGGGUCCCAUCGUCUAUGGCGCCGCAGGUGUCUGUGGGCUCGUGGUCAUUACUGUGAUAGCAGUUUUGGUGAAGAGGAAGAGGGCUGCCAACUUGAGGAGAGGUGGUGCAGCAGUGAAGGAGACCAGCAUGACUGACCUGGAGAACAAAGUGGAGGCUCCUCCCAGUAAACAGACCACCCCAGCAGAUGCAGACAAGUCAGAGGAAGCAGUAUCUUCUGUGGAAUGAGGCUGAUUUAUGAGCAAGUGACGUUUUAAAUAAACAGUCUGUAUUUUC